AUGGACACGACUCCCAACCACACCUUCUCUGACCCCUCAGUGUUCUUCCUGUCUGGUAUUCCUGGACUGGAAAGCUCCCACGGUUGGAUCUCCAUACUUUUCUGCUCUGUCUUCACCACCUCCCUGCUGGGCAACAGCACCCUGCUGUACGUGAUCAAGACUGAUGAGAGCCUCCACAAACCCAUGUUCUUCUUCCUCUCCAUGCUGGCCUCCAUUGACCUGACCUUGUCCCUCACUACCAUGCCCAAAACACUGAGCAUCUUCUGGUUCAGGGCCAGGGAAAUAAGUCUGACCGCCUGCCUUGUUCAGAUGUUUCUCCUCCACACCUUUUCCAUCAUGGAGUCUGCUGUGCUCUUGGCCAUGGCCUUUGAUCGCUACGUGGCCAUCUGCCACCCUCUGAGGUACACCACCAUCCUCACCAAUUCCUUGGUAGCCAAAAUUGGGCUGGUGGCUUUGGUGCGGGCUGCGUUCCUGAUGCUCCCAUUGCCCUUCCUGCUUAGGAGAAUGCCCUAUUGCCGCUCCCACGUUAUCGCCCACUGCUACUGUGAGCACAUGGCGGUGGUGAGAUUGGCAUGUGCCCACACUCGGUUCAAUAACAUCUACGGGAUCAUAGUUGCUCUCUUUGUUGUAGUACUUGAUUUGACCUUUAUUGGUCUUUCUUACACCAAGAUCCUACAAACUGUCCUCAGUCUGGCUUCAAAGGAAGAGCAGCUCAAAGCCUUCAGCACUUGCAUCUCUCACCUGUGUGCCAUAUUGGUUUUCUACACUCCUGUGGUCCUCUCCUCAGUCAUCCAUAGAUUUGGUCACCAUGUUCCUCCCUACAUACACAUCCUGUUGGCCAACUUCUACCUCCUCUUCCCACCCAUGAUGAACCCCAUCAUCUAUGGGGUGAAGACCAAACAGAUACGGGACAGAGCUCUCCUCCUCUUUCACCGGAAAAGCUUUUGA